CCAACUUUCUAGCUCUGCCGAUUUUAUCUUCUCUCUCUAAAAUCCCUAAAUUAGGGUUUCAUUUAAAGAAAUUACCCUUCGCCAGCAGAGAUUACACACGAAUGCUUUUAAUCCACCGGAUAAGAAAGCCAAACAGUGAGGAAAAAGAGAGGUUGAGGCGGCAGCGAAGCCCUUCUGAAUUUGGGGACUCGAGGACUUCUGGUGUGGAUGGACAGAAUGGAGUUCACAGUAAGGAGAGAACGACUCUGCUUGUCGAUGGUGGUGAGAAUGGUGCGCAGGCGGGUAUAUCGCUAAUGGAGCAGCUGGUGCCGGAUCUAAGACUGCAUGCUCUCAGCUUCUUAGAUUACCCCAGUGUCUGCCAUCUCUCCAUGACGAAUUCGCUCCUGUAUAGAGCUGCCAAUGAUGAGAUUUUGUGGAAAACGCUCUAUCUUAAGGAUUUCUCAUUGGACCAAGGUGAUGUUAAGCCAGCCAAUGGAUGGAAAGCUUGUUAUGCAGCUACUUUAGCCAUUGUUAACAUCAACGCUGACUUUUUUAGGAUAGUUAAAGAAAGGUCGCAUACUGCCAUGUCCCAGUUUUGGCUCAAUGCAGGUUACGUCAAAUGUUUCCUUGCUACUGGCGAGUCAUUUACUGGUUACAAUCAAGUCAUGGCGAGCGACAUUUAGCUGGGAGAAUGCUAAUAAUUUCCAGAUUCGAGAUGUAAGGACUCAUGUCCUAACAGAUAUGGCUUGGGUAACCAUGAAAGCUUAUUCCAACAUGGAGAGGGCAUACAAUGUGACAAACAUUUAUGAACUCUGUAACGGUAGGUGGUAUAUGGUGCACCAUCAUAGCUUAGCAGCUCUCAUCCACGGAGGAGCUCAUCAACAUUUUGUGUAGAGAUAAGGAAACGCCCUUGCCAAGGAUUUUCAAGUAAAGGGUAAUGUAAUGUAUUUACAUUAUUUGUUUGAAAUUACAUAAAACUUCAAAAAUUUCUUGGGAGA